UAAGCAUUUUGAGAGACCUUGUGACAAGUUUCAACACAAAUGAGGUUACGUUACAUCUCCACAAGCUGAUUUUGAUAUCAAUUUGGUGCGUUGGACAAAACAUGCAAGCUUUGAGCUUCUUGACGAGUUAUCACUCAUGUCUUUUUACUUUACAAAAUUCCAGUCAGUUAUCUUCUGCAUUUCACUUAGGAAACAAAAGUUAUUCUUUUAGAAGAGGCUGUUUCCAUUCCAAAAGAGCAAUCAACGUUCGUUCCUUUCGCAUAGUUGCAGAAUACAACUACAAUAUAUUUCAAGAUGACCAAGAUCGUUCUAGAAGGAAGGUUCAACCUGGAGAAAGAGCUUAUUUUGUAAAGAAACCUUUAGGUUUGGUUUUGGAAGAAGCAGAAGACGGCAUGGUAUUUGUGGCUGAUAUUGAUCCUCGAGGAAAUGCAGCUCGAGCCUCACGUGGUGAUAUUCGAAAAGGUGACAUUCUAGUAGCUAUUAGUGCUACUUUUGGUGAGGAAGUGUGGUCUACGAGAGGAGUUGGUCUACCACGUGUUUUGAAAGGUAUUCAAGUACGCUUUGGGGAUGAAGUUACUCUUGUAUUUGAAAGUCCUAUGGAAGUGGAGAAUAGAAAGCAAUAUUCUGAAGAAUUUGCAGCGAAGAGAAGACAAGAAGCGAGAGAGAAGUUUGGAGAAAAGGUGGUUGUCGAUCCUGUAACGUGGAGAACGGUGGCUGCCUCUGAGGUUGCUCCCAGUAGUAAGGGAGAUUCGGGAGCUCCUAUGGGCAAUGAGGAAAACAGUAUACCUAAAUAUGUCAGACUUUAUCAAGAGAAUAUGGAACGUCCACCACAAUGGAUACCUGAAACGACACAAGACGAUAACUCAUAUCCCGAAUCGAAUAAAAGUGGACAGUACAUAUUAUUGUGGUCGUUGGCUGGAGUAGGUUUGAUUGCUCUGACUGCCUUUCUUACCCUUCGAUAAGUUCAAAGUAUUUUGGGAUAAUAAAUGGUUUUCUAUGGUGAAGAAGAGUUUUUGUAAAAUCAUAUUCAUUUUGCUAUGUGUAUAUGUUGAACUUUUCAAGCAUCUACUUUUCUCUAUAAAAGAAGAGCAUUGGCA